AUGUCGGAGACCGCGCCCGCCGCCCCCGCCGCCCCGGCCCCCGCCGAGAAGACACCUGUCAAGAAGAAGCCUAAAAAGGCUGCAGGCUCCGGAGCCAAGCGCAAGCCCGCGGGUCCCCCCGUGUCCGAGCUGCUGGUCAAGGCCGUGGGCGCGUCCAAGGAGCGCAGCGGGGUGUCGCUGGCCGCGCUCAAGAAGGCGCUGGCGGCCGCCGGCUACGACGUGGAGAAGAACAACAGCCGCAUCAAGCUGGGGCUCAAGAGCCUGGUGAGCAAGGGCACCCUGGUGCAGACCAAGGGCACCGGCGCCUCCGGCUCCUUCAAGCUCAACAAGAAGGCCGCGGCGGGCGAGGCCAAGCCCAAGGCCAAGAAAGCCGGCGCCGCCAAGGCCAAGAAGCCCGCGGGCGCGGCCAAGAAGCCCAAGAAAGCCACGGGCGCCGCCACCCCCAAGAAAGUGGCCAAGAAGACCCCGAAGAAGGCCAAGAAGCCCGCGGCAGGUGCUGCGGCCAAGAAAGUGGCCAAGAGCCCCAAGAAGCCCAAGGCUGCUGGUGCAAAAAAGGCGGCCAAGAGUCCAGCUAAGGCCAAGGCCCCCAAGCCGAAGGCUGCAAAGCCUAAAACUUCCAAGCCAAAGGUCACCAAGGCCAAGAAGACGGCUCCCCGGAAGAAGUAAAAAGGCUGCAUGCCAUGCUUCGAAAGAAUCUCAAAAGGCUCUUUUCAGAGCCACCCACAGAUCUCCCUGUAAAGAGCUUAACACUUAAUAAAACUAAAGAUG